CACCAUGCCACCACGAUGCCCAAGAGGAAGGUUAAUGCGGAUGGAGUGGGGAAGGAGGAGCCCAAGCGCUGCUCCGCGAGGCUGUCGGCCAAGCCCGCCCCUGCCAAGGUAGACGCGAAACCGAAAAAGGCCUCGGGAAAGGAUAAAGCAUCAGACAAAAAAGCGCAGAUAAAAGGGAAGAGGGGAGCGAAGGGCAAACAGGCUGAAGUGGCUGACCAGCAAACUACAGAUCUGCCUGCAGAAAAUGGAGAGACGGAAAAUCAGUUCAGUCUCUGAGGAAGAGAAAGAAGC